CGAUUCGCCCCCAAGCAGAAACCGAUUUGCGUCUUGUCACUCAAGCCAAAGCCUCACAAUGGUUCUCGCUCUGCGUCGCUCGCUCGCCAUGUCCUCGCGCGCCAUGUCCUCGCGCGUGGCCAACCGCUCGUUGGGCAUGCUGCACCAGCAGCAGAAGGCCAUGAAGCACACGCACACGCUGGUGCUGAUUCGCCACGGUGAGAGUGAGUGGAACAAGAAGAACCUCUUUACGGGCUGGUACGACGUGCAGCUCUCGGAAAAGGGCAACAAGGAGGCGGCCGCUGCCGGGCAGCUGCUUAAGAAGGAGGGAUACACCUUCGACAUUGCCUACACGUCGUAUCUGAAGCGCGCUAUCCGUACCCUUUGGCACGUGCUGGAACAGACCGACCAGAUGUGGAUCCCCGUGUUCAAGACCUGGCGUCUCAAUGAGCGCCACUACGGCGCGCUCACGGGUCUAGACAAGCAGGCCACGGUCGAGAAGCACGGUGCUGAGAAGGUUCUUGAGUGGCGACGUAGCUACAACAUUCCGCCUCCGGACCUCGACACGUCCAGCGAGUACUACCCGGGCAAUGAUAUCCGGUACAAGGACGUCCCUAAGGCGGAUCUGCCUCUGGCCGAGUCUCUGGAACUCACGGCCGCCCGCGUACUGCCCGAGUGGGAGAGCACCAUUGUGCCUAGCAUCAAGGCGGGCAAGAACGUGGUGAUCGCCGCUCACGGUAACAGUCUGCGUGCUCUUGUCAAGCACCUGGACAAUAUCUCGGAGGACGAGAUCACGGGCCUCAACAUCCCCACGGGCGCCCCGCUCGUCUACCACCUGGACGAGAACCUCAAGCCCAUCCCGCACAAGGACGCCAUUGCACCUCUCAGCGCCUUCUACCUGGGAGACCAGGACGAGAUCCGAGCCCGUAUCCUCGGCGUCAAGAACCAGACCAAGUAAGUUAGACUCACUUGGUAAGAAGGAAAUACUGGGAUGUAGAGACCAUCCGCUGUAGCCAAAUCAUGGUAAUAAACCUUCGCGUAGAACGCAUAAACGACUUCUAUCGACAGCAACUUGGUUACGGAAAACUAAAUCAACCGUCCGGCCAUGCAGG